AUGAUAACUCAUUUCUGUCUAGGUGUUGCUUUCCUGGCUGCUUUGGCCACUGCUGUUGCUGAUCCAGGUAUUAAAGUGGUUUGUGCAAAAGACUCUGUACGAGUCACAUGGAAAGUAGCUCCCCAGUUUGUGCCUUAUGCGGCUCGGUUCUUCCUUGGAAGCUGCAUGCCGUCAGGAUGGAAGGUCCUUCCAAAUGGAGAGGGAGAAGCAACUUUUAACUACAAGUUCUAUGACUGCAGGUUUACCAAACAGCUGAAAGGAAAACAUAUUAUUUACCAAAACCGGCUGAGCUUCAGACCACAGGCCAAACCAAAGCCAGCGAUCUUCACCUACCCCAUCAACUGUGUCCAAAAACGACCUGAACAGGCAAAGGCUCCCCAGUUCCUGGAUCCUGGUACGGGUGUGUCUGAGGGACACAGUAAGCUGGUCUUCCACAUGGAACUCCUGAAUGAGCAACUAACAGAAAUUUCAAAGACUAAUGUGAUUCCCAUCGGUUCAUUCAUGCCAAUCUGGGCAGCAGUGGAACAGAAGUCUCAUCAGCCUCUGACAUUGCUAAUGGAUGAGUGUGUAGCAGCCUCUACACCAGACCUGCAACCUGGAAGCCAAAUUUAUCCUCUUGUUGUAAAUCAUGGGUGUCUUCUGGAAAGUAAGAGGGGAAGUGCCCUGUUUCUUCCUCGGUACCACUCAUCUGCCAUCGUUCUCUACCUUCAGUCGUUCAAGUUUGGGAUGGGAGAGGUGUACAUUCAUUGCAAUCUGAUUGUUUGGGAUCCAGAUUCAUUUGAUCAACGCAAGAAGGCUUGUCAUGUGAAAGAUGGCAGUUGGGAGCUACUUGAUGACCCCAAUCAGAGCUUUCUCUGUAACUGCUGUGAAACUUCCUGUGGUCCACGCCGCAAAAGAGCAGCUGCUUUGGUGCAGCAGUGA